AUGACACACUCGUGCGGUACGCAUAGCACGGAACAUCACAAUGGACUACGUACUUUGUGUUUGAUCACACCGCGCAAUCGCUGGUACAUACUCGAAUCGGAACGAAUAGCACAGUUGCAUUUACCUGCUUCAUGUCUCAAACUUCCAAAAACUGUUCAACUUGUGAAUGACAGAACACCGGAAUUGUACGACCCCAGUCAGGAACGAAUACACUACUAUCAGUUCCCAUGGGUCGAUUGCGCUGUCGAGACGAAGUCCACAGACAAUCGCCUUGCCCCAUUCGUGAGCAACGAACCCGGGAGAGAGAAGACGAAGAAAACUCACUGGGGUGUUGGGGCCAUUGAAGCGGUCGAUGUACGUCGAUGGUGUAAAUUUCCCGGUCCAAAGGUGAGUGAACUUCGGGCGGCCAAGAAACAAGAUGAGGAGCGUUUACGAAAAGUAUCGGUACUAAAAAUGCGUUCAACCAAAACGAGAUAA